AUGGCUUCGGCUUCCAACAAGGUACUGUACGUCGACGAGGGCGGCAGUUUCCAGAUCCGGAACGAUGUCAAACACGAAGAAAUUGCAGCCGGCAAGUUGAUCAUCGAGCUUGGAAUUUGUUCGACCGUCAUCGGGUACGACUUCUGUGGCACUGUCUUAUCAGUAUCUACUGGGUCGCACUUCAAAAAGGGAAGCUUUGUGGCGGGGUGUACGCCCUCGGGUAUCGGACGACCAUUGAAGUACGGGGCAUAUCAAAGCCGCCUCGCAUGCCCUGAUGACAUGGUAUUCGAAGUACCUCGCAACCUUCCGGAGAGCCACGCAGCAGCCCUGACAACCGUGGUGAUGACGGCUGCAGACGCAGUGUUCAAACUAUUCCAGUUCCCUUUACCCACAGCUCCUGCCGCCUACACCCGCCCUGUCCUGGUUUGGGGCGCCUCUUCUAGUGUUGGCUUUAGCGCUGCCCAGUUUCUCUGUGCCAAUGGCUGCCAGAAUAUCUUGGUAAGUGCUUCUUCAGCCCGUUAUGAGCUACUGAAGAGUAUUGGAGCAACACUGGUUUUCGAUUACGCCUCGUCGACAGUUGUAUCAAACAUCCUCGCUACGGUGGAGGCUAUUGGUCAGGGACCGAUCUCUCAUGCCCUUGAUGCUGUCCGCACUCCGUCUUCAGCGGAUCUAGUUGUCCAAAGCGUGAAGAACCUAGCAGCUAUGCUGACCUCUGUAACCAAGUUCGAUGGCGGGUUCCGGAUGCCGGUGGCGUGCACGAAAGACGGCUGGCACAUCCAGCCACCUGGGGUACCGCAUGUAAUUGACCUUCCUGCCAGACCGGAAGAUCAUUGGCGUGGCUACAAAGCGUUGCAGUGGGUGGUGGAAAACUACGGUAGUCGCUUCGAGCUUCCGAAAGUAGAAGUAUUCCAAGGUACAGCCGAGGAGGCGCUACAGGAAAUUGUAAAGGUUGGCGAACUCGGAAGAGGGUUUGGGAAGUUCGUCGUUCAACAACCCAGCACUAAGAUGCGUUAA